AUGGGUUGCAGAGCUUGUUCAUGUGUCGGUCAAAGCAUUGAUUUCAACGUUGAUAAUGACCUAGAAGUCAUAAACAUUGAAGAAUCAUUUUACAAAACCAAACGCCAACAAAGUUCAAGCCAGGAGCCUUAUCAAGUUACAAAAUCUCUUAAAUCAAAUCCGUAUUCUGUUUCUCAAUCCCCAAAAAUGCAAGAAAUACUCAUCACUUUACUUCCUUAUGAGUUUGAUAAAAAUGACGGCUAUCCUGACUAUAUGAAUCCUGCAGAAAAAUAUCCUGAUCGCACUGUCUAUAUUGGGCAAAAAAAUCAUUUAGGCGAAAAGCAUGGUAGAGGUGUGUAUAUAUGGCAAGAUGGAUCUACAUAUACGGGAUAUUGAAAAAAAGAUAAAGCUGAUGGACAUGGUAGGCUAGUGGAUUCAGAAGGAAAUGUUUAUGAAGGGAUGUGAAAAAAUGACAAAGCACAUGGAAAAGGAAAAUAUGUUCAUUAUGGCGGAAUCAGUUAUGAAGGAGAUUGAAUUGAUGAUAAACAAGAAGGAAAAGGAUUAGAAAGAUGGCCUGAUGGAGCUUAUUAUGUAGGAGAUUAUAAAGAUGGUAAGAAAACUGGAUAAUUCAGUAUAGUGUCUUGGCCUGGAUAUGACCUCCCUGCUAUGUGCCUCGAGCAUAUAUAUUUAAUUAUAUUGGCAAGGUUUUGCUAGCCCAGAAAUGGUCAGCUAUGCUAGUAAGCAAUUCAAGUAAUGUUUGGAGCCUAGCCUUAGUCCGCUUUUUAUUUAUAUGGCGGUGGGCUACAAAAUAUGUCCUUGAUGAUUCACUACUUUGGAUGGCAAAACGGUUUUAUAGCUUAAACAGGGUUCAGGCGUUUAAUUUUAAUCUUUAAUUUGUCUUGAAAGGCCUUAUGAGGCAGGUAAACUUUGCUAAUCAGCUGCUGGCGACUCCAAUCCAAGUUUUAGUUAUCCGGAUGGGUUUUGGGCAACGGGUUCUUUUCCUGCCGAUUCCAAAGAGCUGUGGUUUUUUCCUGGGUGUCACCUCCCCUGAGAUGGCCUACAGGAAGUCUUGGCUGAUCUUUGCCCUCCAUUGCGUCGAAUGCCGUAGAGCAAGAUGAGUCUUCCUAAUCUGUCGAGACUCAGGGAUAUCGGUGUAGGCUCCAGGUCCCGGAGUAGAUCGAUAUUGAGACAGAGUUCACGCGGCUAAAUUCCUCCGGCAAGGAGGCUCCGGUAGUUUCAAGCGCGCGGAGGCAGCAUCUGCAAGAAUUUAAGCCGUUUAUAUUAAUUUAAUUUAGUCGGCUUUCAGAGCUAGAUUUUACCUAGAGGGAAAGGAAAACUUGAACUGGAAAAAGGAAGUCCAGUAAAAGUCUAUAUUCGAUACCUAGACCAAUUGGGCAACUCUGCAGCGUUAAGCCAGGAGUUACACCCUGAGCUUCAAGCUUUUCUUUUUGCCGAGAGUUGACCAGAAAUUCCAUUUUGUGGGAUUUUUAUGUGGACAAUUUAGUUUCACAGCCUCAAGAAAGGCCGCAGGAUUCCUUUCCCUGCCCACUCAGCACUGGAGCAGUCAAGUCAAGGAAGAAAUGUGUAGCAAGUAACUCUUCGGAUAUCCAUUGCAUUAGGGUCUGAAGAAAGAAGGAGAAGUCGUUCGAGCUGACUGUCGGUGAGAUAACUCAAUCAUUCAAGCCCUCUCAGCUCGUCGUAGAGCAGAUGAAUUCCCACGUAAUCCUGGUGACUGCUUUACUAAUAAGGCACAUUACCGACCUUUAAUGAGUUAAGCUAAGGUAAGAAAACUGGAGUUGGUCAAUUCCAUUGGGCUGAUGGGUCAAGCUAUAAUGGAGAGUUCAAUGAAAAUCGAAUAGAAGGAUAUGGAGCUUAUAGGUGAAAAGAUGGAAGAAAAUUCAAAGGAGCUUGAAAAGACAAUAGAAUGCAUGGAAGAGGAAUUUUUAGAUGACCUGACGGUAGAACUUAUAAUGGAGAAUAUUUGUUCGAUAAAAAAGAAGGAUAUGGAGAAUUUAGAUGGCCAAAUGGUAAAAUGUAUAAGGGCUAUUGGAAAAAUGGAAAACAGCAUGGAGAAGGGCUUUAUAGAGAUGCAUCUGGAAAUGAAAAAGUUGCAGAAUGGGUAGAUGGAAACCGUGUAAAUUAA